GGCUCAACAGCUGUUUUCUGCCGGUCGUUUUAUAAUCACUUGAUUGCCUUUUUUGAUUUUGUUUUCCCCGUUUUGAACGACAAAAUGUCAAUGUUGAUGCAAGGAGUGUCGAGAUUAGCCCGCCAGUUCACCCGACCACUUGUUGCAACCCGCCAUUUUGCGGCGGCGACGCCUUAUGGUGCUGGAGAUGAAGUUCUGGUGGAACGACUGGACGGAGCUCGCCAGGGAAUCUCAGUUAUUGGCCUAAAUAGACCGGCGGCGAAGAAUUCCUUUAGCCGGGGCAUGGUGGAGACCUUUACCGACGUACUGGAUGAUAUUAAGAAGGAUAAUGGAUCGAGGGUUGUUGUAAUAAGGAGUCUUUCACCUGGAAUCUUCUGUGCCGGCGCCGACUUAAAAGAGCGCAAGGGAAUGAGUCCCGAGGAAGCCACCGAAUUUGUAAAGGAGCUCAGGGGCUUACUCAUUGCGAUUGAGCAACUGCCCAUGCCCGUCAUCGCGGCUUUGGACGGGGCUGCCCUUGGUGGUGGUCUGGAAAUGGCUCUGGCCUGUGACAUACGCACUGCCGCUUCGAACACCAAAAUGGGUCUAGUAGAGACGAGGUUGGCCAUCAUCCCCGGAGCCGGUGGCACCCAAAGACUGCCCCGCAUCCUUUCCCCCGCCCUGGCCAAGGAGUUGAUUUUCACGGCGCGAGUUUUAGAUGGGGCAGAAGCCAAGGAUCUGGGUCUGGUCAAUCAUGUGGUGCAGCAGAACGAAGCCAAGGACGCCGCCUAUCAGCAGGCCCUUAAGUUGGCCGAGGAAAUCCUGCCCAACGGACCAGUGGGCGUACGAAUGGCCAAACUGGCCAUCGACAAAGGCAUGCAGGUGGACCUGGCAACCGGCUACUCCAUCGAGGAGAUCUGCUACUCACAAGUGAUACCCACCAAGGAUCGCCUGGAGGGACUCGCAGCCUUCGCUGAGAAGAGGAAGCCCGUCUACAAGGGGGAGUAAGGAAAAGUCACACCACUCCUAACGUUAAGCUGAAAAUUGCAUUUAUAAUUUAAUCUGUUACUGUUGUAUAAACGCUCAAGCGUCAAAGCCCA